AUGACACACGCAACCGAGCCUCAGUCGCCAUCGCUGGAGGAUAGAUGGAGGCUCUGCAAGACGCAGGACGACCGAAAGGCCUCCCUUAUUGCAGACUUGUUCAACCACAUCGGCGAAAUCACAGGCAAACUAUCAGAAGUUGAGCUGGAACUCAAAGAGAAGAAGAUCAUUGUCAAGUCUAUGUGGGACACUAUAAAUGACAGCAAGGAGCGGGUUGCUCAGUUGCAGACUGAAAAGGACAAGGAUAAACACUGCUUUGCCCUGGUCCUUGUUGACGGUGAUUGCAUGCCAUUCUUGGACGACCUCGUUCAACAAGGCUUGGAAGGGGGCAAGAAAGCAUCCAGCUUUCUCGAGCAGGCCGUGGCCUCGGAGCUGAAAUCCGUUGAUCAGUCUCUGCCCCAUCACCUGCGAGUUGUCGUCCGCGUGUUCGCCAACCUCAAGGGUCUCGCGAUGACGUACACGGAAAUGGGUACGAUCCGUGACCCCGAUGUCCUCCACGAAUUUGUGCGGGGCUUCAACAUGACCAACGCCAUGUGCGACUUUGUGGACGCGGGAAACGGUAAAGAGUGCGCCGAUGAAAAGUUGAAAGCAAACUUCAAGUUCAGUGUCGACGACGUGCAUUGCCGGCAUAUCUUGUUUGGCGCGUCCGCCGACAGCGGCUACGUGCGCCUGUUGGGGUCUUACCUCGAGACCGAGGAGGUUCGGAAGAAGGUCAUCCUCAUCGAGGGACCCCCUUUCGCUCAAGAGCUGGCCGAGAUCAGGCACCGGUUCCGUAUCGCCUCCUUCAACAAGGUCUUUAGACGGCAGAAGCUCGUCAACUUCAAGCGCAAGGUAUCCGGGUACUACGUGACGCCUCCCCCAACCCCAUCGUCAGACUACGCGUCAGCAGCCGCAAAGCCCGCCUCGUCGUCUGCGCCGGCUCACAUGCCGCGUCGAUCUUCCGCCUCGGCGAACGCAGUGUCGUCUGUUCUCGGGGAGAUCGUUCGGAACAAGGCCGGAAAGCGCGUCGAUCCCCCAGUCAGCUACGCGCUGCAGGACUUCAACAUGAUGAAGCACCGCAAGUUGUGCAACAGCUUCCACCUCACGGGCAGGUGUUACUACAAGGAGACGUGGGGGAGGUGCUCCCACGACCACGAGCAGUCGCCGACCCAUAAGGAGUUGCAGGCUCUUGUGGCCGUUGCCCGCCAGUCGUACUGCCAUUCCGGUUUGGACUGCAAUGACCCCAACUGCGUGUUUGGUCAUCAGUGCCCUCGGGAGGACUGCAACGGUGCGAGCUGUCGGUACAAGUUUCCCCUGGAGCUGCACAACAUUGACAAGAAGAUUGUCCGCUGA